AAGCUUUGAUCCUUCCUCAUCAAUCAUUUGAGGCGGAGAAGGAAACAGACGAAACGUGGAGAAUGGCGAUGCCGCUGGGCAUGGCGACGUAUCUGAUGAGAAUGGUUUGGUUUUCUCUGAGCGGUUGGGUCUUCACUUGCUUGUCUAUCGCCGACGAGAUCGCUGGCUCUCUCAGAAACGGUGAUAUUGGUCCUUUCCAUGUCGGAUGAUUUCGAUUCAGAGAUUCUUUAGCUCUCCUUCUAUAUAUAUGCGUAGAACAAACACGUUUUGCACUCAGGCCUUCUGAUUUUCAGGAAGGGUAUGUAACUGCAAGCAAUCUGCAGAGAACACAAGAAGCUCGUGUCAUCUUGAUUCGAUGACAAAUCUCCUCAGCCAAGAGCAGAGCAAAGCAUGGCUAAAGAGAAUAUAUUCCAUAUAUUUUAUCAUUUUUACCAACACGAUUUUGUUUGAUUCAACCAAACCAAUUCCGAAGAACAUAUUCCAUAGUAUAUUUUAUCAAUAAUGUAAACAUGUACCAGGCCAA